AUGAGAGUCGUAGCUUGGGCGCCCAAGUGUGCCCCGCGGGUGGCGAAGUACCUUCAGAGUGUUUACGCUCUGAUGGGAGUCAGCUUGUUGUUCACAGCAGUCGGAUCUUACGUGGCCGUCAAAGGCAGUUUUAUGGCUGAAAGCUUCUUGGGAGGUUUCAUUGCUUUGCUUUGCAUUCUGGGUAUCACUUUCAUGUCACCAACCGCCGAAAACCUCAAGACGCGGAUUGGCUUGUUGUUCGCUGCCUCUUUCUUCAUGGGACAUGGAAUGUGGCCACUGUUGGUGGCUGCGAUUCAAGUUGAUCCGACGAUCAUCAUGACGUGUUUGUUGGGAACUGCCGUCGUUUUUGUGGCAUUUUCUUUAGGAGCUUUGACUGCCAGACCAGGAUCUUACCUUUUCCUUGGACAUUCCAUUCUGUACGUCAUGUCAUGGGUCUCUCUCACCAUUUUGACUCAACUUCUGGUCGGAUUUCCAGGUCGUUGGGUUUUUACCGUCUAUCCAUACGUCUCUUUGGCCAUUGCAUUGGCUUUCGUUCUGUAUGACACUCAAAUGAUUGCCGCGAGGUGCUCAUUGGGCUACCGUGACGUUGUUCUGGACGCAGCUAUGUUGCUUAUUGACUUCAUUGAGAUUUUCCGCUUCCUGGUGGCGAUUAUGACCUCGAACAAGAAGAAGGAGAGGACCAAAAUUUUUGUUGGCCGAUUACCGGAGGUUUGCAAUGCUGAAGAGCUUCGCGCAUUGUUCGAGAAAUAUGGAACUGUGACUGAGUGUGACGUGUUGAACCGUUUUGGGUUUGUUCACAUGUCCACCGCUGAGGAGGCCGAAGAAGCAAUUAAGUGUCUGAAUCAAAUUAAUUUCAAAGGAUCUCGGAUUACCGUGGAACACUCGACUGGGAAACGCGGAUGGCGUAGUCUAGGUGUAGCUAGGGGAAGUGUAUCUCUGCGCUCGCCGAUGAUCGUUCGUUCGCCCGAAUUACUCGACGGUAGAUUUUCGAGUGUUUCUGCCUGCAGGGCCCCGGUUCGUUCUUGGCCUUUUUACGAAAGGCGACUUGACUCGUCGAUGCAAUCCAGUGCGACCGCCGCGUAUUACAAUGAUUCAUAUUUCAGUCGACUGGAGAGUUCUCCGACGUACGUUCCGGCGUAUACAUCGAGCACGAGGUACGCGACGAGCGGAAGAAGUGUUCGUGACUCGGCUUAUCCGUAUUAAUCCGAAUCAUUGCGAUCCAUUGGAUUCGAUAGAUUACGCGUAUUUUCUGAGGAAAAAUUUCGAAUCCGAAGUGUGCAUCUGUUUUUGUUUUCAAUUUGAGCUGUUGUGAUCAGGGUCCACUUCUCUUCGCGGGCAAAAAUUCUUCUGUUUGUAUGCGAAAAGUGCAGUAGAACUCGUGAUGAGUUUUUUUCAGCGAACGAGAAU